AUGGCGCAGCGCGAGGAGCUCAUCAUCAGCAUCCGUGGUCUGUACUUGCACCACAACUGCCGGGGCCCAAGGGCGAACCAGGCGUCUCUCAUGAAUCCUCCCCUGAUGGGCGAGCUGGCUGUUAACAACUGGACUGUGUACGACGGUCCCGGGGCUGAUGCCAAGCUCGUCGCACGGGCGCAGGGCCUGCACAUCAACGCCGGGAACUGGCACAACUCCUUCAGCCUUGUGUUCGAGGACGGAAGGUUCAAGGGGUCUACUUUGCAAGUGAUGGGAGUUGUCGUUGAGCACGGCGAGUGGGCAAUUGUUGGGGGAACCGGAGAGUUGGCCAUGGCAACUGGAAUCAUCUACAAAAGGUUUCAUGAGCACAAUCAGGAUGGGAAUGUGAUGGAACUUACCAUCCAAGGAUUCUGCCCGCGGCGCUUCAACAAGGACCCGCCAUCAGAGGUCCUCCAUCGUACCCACAAGAUUGGGACAUGGGGUGGACAUGGAGGGUCACCUAAGGACAUCGUAGAACCUCCAAAGCGUCUUGAAAGUAUCACCGUUAAGAGUGGCGUGGUUAUCGACUCAAUUACGUUUACAUACAUCGACGAAACCGGCAAGAAGCACACUGCAGGUCCAUGGGGCGGUUCCGGUGGCAGCCCUUACAAGAUCCAGCUUGCUGUCUCUGAGUUUGUCAAGGAAAUCUCAGGAACAUAUGGGACGUUCGAUGGUGCCACUGUCAUAACUUCACUUAAAAUUAUCUCCAAUGUUCGAACCUUUGGACCUUGGUCGACGGAGAUAGGGACUCCCUUCAGUGUUCCCGUGCAGAAGGGAAGUGGCAUUGUGGGAUUCUUUGCUCGUGCUGGGAAGUACCUUGAUUCAAUUGGAGUUCAUGUUCGCCACGUCUAGAGAACUGCCAACUUUCUUUCUUUCUCAAGAAUAAAGAACAGCCAUCUUCUUUGUCAUGUUUCAUUUUCUUUUGGCCCAUCUUUUUAUUUGACAGUAAUGCACAAUGGAUAAAAAUAAGGAUACUCCUUUAAUCUAUUCUGUUGAUGAUCCGCUAUAACCUCAACGCUUUGAGUGAUCCAUGUCAAGCUUUGCUUCCAUCACCGUAGGCCCCGACUGGAAUUUCUCGUUUACCAAUUACCACCACCACUUGAUGAGUCGCAUGCAUCAACGAAUACUUCUAAUUUUUGUUUAUCAUAGGCAUGCAGGAAUACUCAUGCGCAUAUUGACUUUGUUUGCUCCCCGAAGCAAACAUUGUGCUGAAUAAUCCAUCCGUUAAGUUCCAGCAUGCUGAACAAUCUUUAUCUGUAAGUAAUAGGUCCUGUCUUUGAAGAUCCUGACAAAAAAAAAGGCUUCAGGCUAGCAGGGAAAUUUUUAAGAUCCCGACUUACUCUGGGGCGCUCCCCACUUUCUUCAGUAAUUAGAGCUUGAAAGUAGCAUUAGUACUUAUCUUGUUAAGACCUGUGUAUUGGUGAUAGAUGUGGACGAGAGAAAAAGUCUGAAAAAGGAUCCGUGACAAAACCUCUGUAAAUUUGUUUCUUUAUGAGUAAUGAAAUUCGGGCAAGGCCCACAAUGCGAAAAAAAGUUUCUGCUUUUAUUUUGUUGAGAGAUGAAAUUCCUAUUACAAUUUUUACUUGGUAAGAAAUAGAAACAAAUUACAAUUACCCUGAUCCCACUUCAAUUGAUCCACCCGCCAACCCACUUCAUGGUCACACGAUCCUCUAUAAAGGUUAUCAUGGUAACUAAUAGCUAGCAACACUAACUCCAGCAAUACAUAUGCUUGAUCACCCGUGAGCUAUAUAUAAUGUUCCCUCUAGCACUCCAUUGCGUUUCACAAUCAAACUCCAUGUAAACCAGAUAGUUGAGUGUGGUUUGUCGCAGUCCAGUCCUAAUUGCUAUGAAUGAAAAUAUUCCGUGCAUUGCAAACUAUCAAACUCAGAAGAUUUCACAAUCAACAUAACAUUAUGCAUGGUAGGCAUCAGCAACGGUUUUAGGACUCUUCUAUUUCCAUUGCCAGCUGAUCUGUACAUACAGAAUGCAUAAACGUGCUAGUGGGCGGGACAACGUCAAGUUCUGCUAUGCCAUAACCACUCUACUCAUCGACUCAGUUGUACUGUUAUAUAUGUAACAUUGUUAUAAAACAAGCAAUAGAAACUGCAGGUUCUAAUGCCUCUGAAUAUUAUAAGGAAAAAAUAUACCUGGCUGAUGAUGACAUGAAGGAAAGAUUCAUGGAAACUGUAUAUUUGGAGAACUGAAAUCUAAAAUCAUGCAUGGAUCCAACUUCCCCAUGCAAAAUCUGGACUAACUGAGCAGAUUGGGGCCCAAACAGUGGCGGAGCCUGGGGGAGUGCAGGGGGGUGCUCAAGCCCCCCUACUACCUUGGCUUCCAUGGAAGGUCCCCCAAACCCCCCUACAAAUUUUGUGGAGGAAGAAGAAAAAAAGAGAAAAUUUUGAGGAGGAAAAAGAA